UGUCCCGGAGGGCGGGCGCCCAGUCCGUCACCCCGGGAGGUCCCAGCGCGGGGCGGGGGCCCGCGCCUGCCUGGCCCCCGCCCCGCCCCGGCCGGCCCCGGCUUCCCAGGCUGCCCUCGGGCCGCGGUACGUGCAGGUGCGGAUUCGGAGUCCGGUUCCCACUGGUCCAGGGGAGCGGAGCUCCCCCAGAUCAACAGGACUUUGGCCCCCCGCCUGCUCCCAAGCCCCGGCAGCCUCCUGCGUGGAUCUCUCCGGGUCUCCUGCACCCCCAGCCUCCGCCGGGAUGCUCAGGAGUCAGGGCGCGCUGGGCCGGCCCUGGGUCGUGCUGCUCACCUACGUGCUGACCUCGCUGGAGUUCACCUGCCUCUUCAUGCAGUUCUCCAUCAUGCCUUAUCUGUCCCGGAAACUGGGCCUGGACCCUGUCGCCUUCGGCUACCUGCAAACGACCUUCGGGGUGCUUCAGCUGCUGGGCGGGCCUGUGUUCGGCAGGUUCGCGGACCAGCGCGGGGCGCGCGCCGCCUUCUCGCUCUCCUUCCUGGCGGCCUGCGCGCUCUACGCGCUGCUGGCGGCCUCCUGCAGCCCGGCGCUGCCCGGCGUGGCCCUGCUCUUCGCCUCGCGCCUGCCCGCGGCGCUCAUGCACACCAUUACAGCCGCCCAGAUGGUCAUCGCCGACCUGUCCACGCCAGAGGAGCGGCCCGAGGCCCUGGGCCGGCUCGGCCUCUGCUUCGGCAUCGGCGUCAUCGUCGGCUCGCUGCUCGGCGGGACGCUGAGCGAGUCCUACGGGAUUCAGUGCCCGGCCAUUGUGUCCCUCGUGGCCAACCUGCUAGGAGCCAUCCUCAGCUUCACCUGCAUCCCAGCCAGCACCAAAGGGGCCGGCGCCAGUGCCCAGGCCUCCCGCCCAGACGGCCCCACGGCCAGCGUGUUUGACCUGAAGGCCAUCUCCCGGCUGCUGCUGCUGCCCGGCGUCCUGCGGGUGUUCCUGGUCAAGGUGGUCUCCGGGCUGCCCUCAGGCAUCUUCAUGGUCAUGUUCUCCAUCAUCUCCAUGGACUUCUUCCGGCUGGAGGCCGCCCAGGCUGGCUACCUCAUGUCCUUCUUCGGGGUCCUGCAGAUGCUGGUCCAGGGCCUGGUCAUCGGGCGGCUGAGUCGCCAGUUCUCGGAGGAGGCACUGCUCCGGGCCAGCGUGCUGGUCUUCGUGCUGGUGGGCCUGGCCAUGGCGCUGAUGUCCAACGUCUUCCACUUCUGCCUGCUGACUCCCGGCCUGGUCUUCAGCCUGUGCACCCUCAACGUGGUCACGGACAGCAUGCUGACCAAGGCCGUGCCCCCCUCCGACACAGGGACCAUGCUGGGCCUCUGUGCCUCGGUGCCGCCGCUGACCCGCACCCUGGGGCCCAUGCUGGGCGGCCUCCUGUACCGAAGCUUUGGCGUCUCUGUCUUCGGCCACGUGCAGGUCGCCGUCAACAUCCUGGUUCUGCUAGCGCUCUGGGGGGCGCCUGCACACAAGGACAAGGUGCAGUGACCGCUGUCCCUGGGCACGGCCGUCAAUAAAUUCAUGGACCCCA